CGUCAUCACCAUUUCAAUUUGUUGGCAGAUUGCAAAAAGUAAAGUAAAAUUUAGAAACUUGCAGAAAAUUAAAAACUUACAGGGAAGGAAAUUUCUCAAAAAGAAGUAGAUAGCGUCGUUACACCUACGCAAUUUACUUUAUAUAUAUAUAUGUAGUUGCAUUUUAUUGCAACCGUAUCUCUGUAUGCUAUCUUCAAGUUCUCCGAUAACUUUUGCGGGGAGUACAAUGCAGCAACAGACCAAUGCUUUUGCAGCUUAUGGGGACAGAGGAGGUGUUCAAACCGGUCUCGAUAUUGAAUAUGGCACGGAUCCGGCUAGUGGUUCCAUCUUCAAAUAUGAAGGGCGAAAACAUGAUGACUUAAAGCAAAUGUUGGAUAGCAACAAGGAUGGCUUGAAAUUAGAAGCCAUGAAACGUAUAAUAGGGAUGAUUGCCCGUGGUAGAGAUGCCAGUGAUUUGUUUCCAGCUGUUGUGAAAAAUGUGGUAUCCAAAAAUAUUGAAGUCAAGAAACUGGUGUAUGUGUAUUUGGUGCGCUAUUGUGAAGAUCAACAGGACUUGGCUUUGCUUUCGAUUUCCACAUUCCAAAGAGCCCUUAAGGAUCCCAAUCAAUUGAUAAGAGCUUCAGCCUUGAGAGUUCUUUCGUCUAUACGAGUGACCAUGAUUGUGCCUAUUGUUAUGUUGGCUAUUAUGGAAAGUGCCUCGGACAUGAGUCCUUAUGUUCGCAAAACGGCUGCUCAUGCCAUACCGAAAUUAUUUUCAGUGGAUCCUGAACAAAAGGAUGAAUUGGUAAAAGUUAUAGAGAAACUUUUGUCUGAUCGUACUACAUUGGUGGUUGGAUCAGCAGUAAUGGCCUUCGAAGAGGUUUGUCCCGAACGUGUCGAUUUAAUCCACAAAAACUAUCGCAAACUUUGCAAUCUUCUGGUGGAUGUCGACGAAUGGGGUCAAGUGAUCAUAAUAAAUAUGCUUACUCGCUACGCUCGAACUCAAUUCGUUGAUCCUAAUGCAGAUGAACCAUCUGAUAUCGAGAACGCACAAAACGAUGUUGCUGAAAAUAAAAAAUUCUAUGACGAUUCAGAAAGUGAAACCAACGAAGACAGUGGUGAUGAAAGUGGUAAGAAGUCGAACCAGAAAACGGCUCCGAAAAUCAAAUCAGCAACAUCGUCACCAUCGUCCAGCUAUCAUGUAGAUCUGGACCAUCGCUUGUUGCUGAGACAAACUAAACCUUUGUUGCAAUCACGCAAUGCCUCAGUUGUUAUGGCCGUUUCUCAAUUAUACCAUCAUGUUGCUCCCCGUCAAGAAGUACAAAUUGUUGCAAAAUCUCUAAUACGUCUAUUGCGCUCACACAAAGAAGUUCAAAGUGUAGUUUUGACUUGCAUUGCUUCCAUGUCCACAAAGAGAAAGACAAUUUUCGAGCCCCACAUUAAAUCGUUCUUUGUACGCACACAAGAUCCCACUCAUAUAAAACUUUUAAAAUUGGAAAUUCUGACAAAUUUGGCUUCAGCUGCUAGCAUUUCAUUGAUACUGCGCGAGUUCCAAACCUACAUCUCAAGUAGUGAUCGUCCCUUUGUAGCCUCAACAAUUCAAGCUAUUGGAAGAUGUGCCGCCUCCAUAAAGGAGGUAACAGAAACUUGUCUCAGCGGUUUGGUACACCUACUGUCGAAUCGGGAUGAACAUGUUGUGGCCGAGAGUGUUAUUGUAAUUAAGAACUUAUUGCAGACUAAAGCCGCUCAACAUUUUGAAAUUAUAUCUCAAAUGGCCAAACUAUUGGACUUUAUAAAAGUUCCAGCCGCGCGUUCAUCAAUUUUGUGGCUGAUAGGAGAAUACAAUGAUAAAGUUCCGAAAAUUGCACCAGAUGUGCUGAGAAAGCUAGCCAAGACAUUUGUGGACGAGGAGGAUGCGGUGAAAUUACAAGUCUUAAAUAUGGCCGUUAAACUGUAUCUCACCAAUCCCCAGCAGACCUCGCUGUUAUGUCAGUAUGUUUUCACCCUGGCACGAUAUGAUGUGAACUAUGACAUUCGAGAUAGAGCUCGUUUCCUGAAACAAUUUAUCUUUCCGGCGAAUAACAAAAGUAAUACUUUAUCUGAAGCUGCUAAAAAUAUAUUUUUAUCGGCCAAACCGGCUCCUACUCUCGAAAGUAAAUACCAUACUCGCAACCAUUAUCAAUUGGGCUCCUUGUCACACUAUUUGAAUAUGCGAUGCACUGGCUAUAAUGAUUUACCCGUCUUUCCAGAGAAAGGUUCAGAUCCGUCGGUACGUAAUGUCGAGGGUUUCAUGCAGGAAUCCAAAUUCGCCAAUACACAGAAUAAGACACCACAGAAAGACAAUAAUAAUGCCAAGGAAAAAACCAUAAAGACUGGCAAUGAAUUUUUCUCAGAGUCAGAAGGAAAGUCAUCAGAUUACUCUAAUUCCCAUUCAAGUGGAUCCUCAUCGGGAAGCUCAUCGUCAUCGUCGUCAUCAGGUUCUGGUUCUGAUUCAGAAAGCGAUAAUGAAAAUGUAGAUAAGAAUUCGACAAAAACGCCAACAAAACAAGCACAAGUUAAUGCUUUGAAUAAUAAUGAAACGAGUGUUAAAAAAGCACCCGAAACCCAGUUGGUUAACAAUGCCAACGGUUCUGGUACAUCUGACUCUGAGUCUUCUUCAUCGUAUGGUUCGUCUUCCUCAUCGUCAUCGGAAGGUGAGGGUUCAGAUUCUGAAACCGAAUCUGAACAACAAGCCGCUGUUAAAAAUAAUAACAAUAAGGCAGCCAAUAAGACCGCAAGUGAUUCUCAGAAGAAGGCUGAGCCAAAAAGCAAUUUAGAUUUGUUGCUGGAUUUGGAUGACAUUCCUCCCAUUGGUCCGGUAAUGACACCCUCCUUGGGCGGAUUUUUAACACCAGGCACUCCUAUGACUGCUUUACAAACAAGUCUGAUGCCGCAGAAUGCUGCCAAUCGAUUGGAACUAGUUGGUCCUUCUUAUAUAUCCUACACACACAAGGAACUAUUGAAUAAAUUAUCCGGCAAUGGUUUGCAAGUUAGUUAUCGUUAUACCCGUUCUCCCCAUCUCUACUCUUCCUCUAUGGUUUCUAUUGAACUGCAAUUUAUUAACCAAUCUACGGAUGAAAUAUCAAACAUUCAAAUGGGUCAAAAAUCUUUGCCACCAGGCAUGCAAAUGCAAGAAUUUGCGCCUAUAAAUGUACUCAAUCCAGGCCAAUGUGCCACCCGAAUUCUAGGUGUGGAUUUCAAUGAUUCCAGCCAUGCAAUCGAUUUUGAAAUAACCUCUAACAAAGGAACUUCCCGUGUGGCCUUUAAGCCACUCAUAGGUGAACUGGUAAGGUCUGUGCAAAUAAACGAAACAAUGUUCAGGGAGGAACGCCUGAAGCUACGAGGCAUGAAUGAACAUCAAACAAAAUUAAAAUUGCAUAGCGAAGAAGUAAAGAUUCCCGUUCUGAAACAAAAGACUUUUGAAUGUAUAAAUGUAGCGUGUUUGACACCAAAUCCAACGGAUCCCAUAAAUUACUUUGUCGGUCAGACUAUGACAUCGAAGAGCUUGGUCCUGAUAACAUUCGAUUGGUCACAGUCGGAUGAUUUAAUGAUUCAAGUGAAUUGCGAAAAAAUGGUUAUAGGUUCGAUGGUCCUUAAUGAGCUUACAAAUUACUUGAAUUCAACGCUUAGAAAUUGAGAUUUGUGGCCGAAAGCCAACAUGUCGAAUUAAUGUCUAAAAUGAAGAAAUACUUCAAAAAAAAAGUAAAACAAAAUUAAGAAUCUUUCCAAGUUUAUAAAAUGUAGAACUAAGUUAACAUGUAUGUCUGCUGUUUUGCGUUACUAUUUCGAGUGUUGUCCUUAAAUGUUGUAUGAUCCUAAAUGCGCCUUCUUUUCUUCGUAUACUUUUUGAGAUCUUUUUGUCUCAAGACAAAGUUAAACGUAAACGUUAACUUAUGUACGCUCUUUCUAAUGAAAUAAACACAAAUUGAGGAAUUUUAA